AUGGCGACCCAGCAUGUCAGAAAUGGCCUGGUGGAUGAUGAAGAGAAGGGGCACAUACACCGGACAACCACUGGAGUUACCAUAUCCCCCGAGCUUUUCGAGAAGCUGUACUUCUCGCCGAAAACUCCCCAUGUCGGCGACUACAACAGGCGAUUUGCGAAUCCCACAGCUCUCGGCUUCGUAGGCUUCGCUAUAUCCGCCGCUACUUUUGGUAUGGUACUGAUGGGAUGGGGAGGCUCGUCUGGGCUGACACCUGUCGCCGGAAUAUUCUUCUUCACCGGGCCCGUCCUCCUGACAUUCGCCAUGAUAUUCGAAUGGAUUAUGGGAAACUUCUUCCCAAUGAUGGUCAUGGCGCUCUUCGACGUCUUCUGGCUCUCCUUCGGCGUGCUCCAACUGCCGACCCUCCAGCUCGGUGCCCCAUACGCCACGGAUGCUGACCCGACAGGGGCCUCGGCUCCUGCCUUCAACGCGGCCAUUGCUUUGUACCUGCUUGUGUGGGGCUUUGCUCUCCUCACAUUCUUCUUCUUCACGUUGAAAAUCAACGUCGUCUUCGCUACGAUAUUUGGCCUGGUGACGACCGCAUCUUUCGUGCUGUCCGGAGCAUACUGGAAAGUGAGCCAAGGGAAUUUUGAUGAUGCAUUGAAGCUGCAGAAGGCUGGUGGCGCAUUGAUCUUUGUCGUUGCCCUCCUUGGCUGGUACUCUACAUUCAUUAUUAUGAGCGCUGAGAUGUCCGUUGGUUUCUUUUCCUACAUUUCCCCGAGAGUACCAAUCAGUCUACCGAUGGGCGACCUGAGCCGAUUCUGGCCCUCUACUAACGUCGAGAUUACAACGGAGAGCCGUGAUCAUCAUGAUUAA